UGCUCACGUAGGCAAAAAAGGACCCUGUUAAACUUAGAUUUCCUGCUUUAAAUGCACAUUACAAAACAAGACUUAUGCACUUUAUUCAUGAAAAUUAGUUAGUGUUAUAGGAAGAGAGAAGCAACGAUUGGCCAUUACUUGUUAACUUUUGUGGACUCCAUGAGAUGUUUAAUUUUGACCUUGGUGCUUAAGUCUAUAAUUUGGUGACAAAGAAAAUGCCAUGUCCCAAAGAAGAAGUUCUUCUUAGAGUCUUCAACAAUGUCUCAAGCUCUUUCCAGCUUCUCUUCCUACUUCUCUUCUCCACUGCCAUUUUCCUUCUCACAUUCUUAACCUUCACUGGCAGAUUCCCCUUAAUCCAAAGAGAUCAACAAUAUGAAUAUGUGUAUUCUGAUGACGAAGAAGAAGAAGAAGAAAAUCAAGAAGGGUAUUCUUGUGUUGAUUCUACUGAGAAAGCAGACAUCACAUGUGGCAGUGAAACCCUUUACAAGGAGCUUCAGCCUCAGAGGAAUCAUUCUUAUUCUCAGGAAUUCAUAACCCCCCAAGAAAGCUUGUUUGAAGAUUCAGAAGAAAACCAUUGUUCUGAAUCAGUGUCUGUCCAUGACUCACCUCAAGUUUCUGACUUUGAAGAAGACUUUCCAGCAAGAGAUGCUGACUCUCUUCCAAAUUAUGUCCAAGUUGAAAGCAGGACAACCUCUCCCAUCAACCUGAACCCGUACAAAAAUGAUUAUGUUGGUCUUGGAGUUAUUAAAAAUAAGAAGGUGCAGGAAGCAAACCUCACAAGGGAUGAGAGAUUCUUUGUUUUACCUUCUACCCAGUUGAAGCUUAAGAAGUUGAUUGUUGAAAAGAAGGAUGACGAGGACUCUACAAGCUCCUCUGAAUGGAGGAGCUCCAUGAUCAAUUGCAGGGAUUAUGAUACUGAGGAGGAUGCAUUUUCUACCUCUUCUAGAAGAAGUUGCCCCAAGUGGGAAUCAUAUACUUUGUUCCAAAAAUAUGAUGAAGAAAAGGCAUUCUUGAACAGAACUAGUUCACAGAAACUUCAUGAAUCUGAUUCUAUAAGGUCUCCAAGAUCAAUGUCAGAGCGCAUUGCAAACAAGCUUUCAACUAUAAACAAAAAGGUUGCUGAUGUUGGUCACAACCCAUACCGUGAACUAGAGGCUGCAUAUGUUGCACAAAUUUGCUUAACAUGGGAAGCACUUAGUUGGAACUACAAAAACUGUCGUUCCAAACAUUCUUCACUCCGUGAUCUUGAUACCGGUUGUCCUGCCAUCAUUGCACAACAAUUCCAGCAAUUUCAGGUUUUGUUACAAAGAUACAUAGAGAAUGAGCCUUAUGAGCAUGGAAGGAGACCUGAGAUUUUUGCUAGAAUGAGGCUUUUGGCACCAAACUUGCUCCUGGUGCCAGAAUGUCAAGAUUCAGAGGAUGAUGAGAAGGAUGGUGAUUUUCAAUGUAAAAUAUCCUCAGCUUCAUUUCUGAUGAUAAUGGAGGAAGGAAUCAGAACAUUCAUGAAUUUUCUGAAGACUGAUAAAGAAACACCAUGUCAUAUCCUAGCAGCUUACUUUAUGCGAAACCUAAGAGGAACAGUUGAUCCAACACUACUCCGGCUAAUGAAGAAAGUGAAUCAAAAGAAGAGGAAGAAGGUUAAGGAUCUUAGCCAUGCAGGGAGAUCAUUGAGGAAGAGAAAGUUGAAUGUGGAAGAAAAGAUGGAGAUUUUGAUGGCUCUUAUAGACCUAAAAGUGGUGUCAAGGGUGUUAAGAAUGAAUGAGUUGAGUGAAGAACAGUUGCACUGGUGUGAAAAUAAAAUGAGCAAAGUGAGGAUCACUGAAGGGAGACUUCAAAGAGAUUAUUCAACUCCACUUUUCUUUCCCUCUCAUCAACCCACCAGAUGAUGAAUAUACACGACUGCUAGUAUGUUUGGAUCAGCUUCUCUAUUUCCCGAAUCAAUUCUGGUACCCUUAUGCUGCUGAUGAUAUAAGUUUCUACACAGAAUUAAUUUUGACUUUAAAAUCGACUAUAGAAGGAUUUCCAAACACGCACUACAUGUAUAACACUUCAAGGAAAUGGAGCUGAUAAAGAAAGUAGAGACAAAGUGAAGUGGGUAUGUAGAUAGAGACAUAACUAGGUUCCUUACUUGGGAUUACAUGCAAUUUCAGCUGAAUCAAAAGAAGAAUGAGCUAGACAGGCACACAUGAAGAAGAAUAAAACAAUGGUCUUAGGGGGGGGGGAAAGUACAGUACAGGUUACACAUGCAUGUAGCAGUCUUAGCCUCCUUUAGUUUUAGUUCUUUUACAUACAACACUUGUAAAAUAAAUUGAUAGAAAUAUAUAUCAUCAUUAUAAGAAAUAAGCAAUAAAUA